CUCCCUCUUUACUGCACAAGGCAAAUGACAGCGGGCAUCCUGUUCUAGCUAUUCCUAGCUGAUGCUGUACCCGUCGUACGGCAUAUGUGGCUCCAUGUUACGUCUUUUCCAGGCGCCAGGAUCGGGGGGCACCCAGGGGCCAGGGAAAGGGAGUGCGCGAGAUCUGGAGGAAACAAAAUCUCGCUGCAUAAUCUCUGCGCACCUAAGCGUGUUCCUCGUUUCCCGUUACUGUUCUUGGCCAAGCCGCUGUUGGCGAUAAAUGAGAGUGAUGCUCUUGGUGUCGCCUACUUACAGCAUACGCACGCACACAUGCUUACACGCAUCUUCCCUUCACCACCGCAUACACCACCGCAUAGUAUGGGGCUACCGAGCGAUCCUCGGGGCGCUGAUACUGUUUACCCCAUCGCCCUGUGCGGGCCUUUGCAGUGGUCUCGUGCGACAAUAGCUGAUGGCCUGACCGUCACCGGCUUGGAUAGAAGCCCCAGGUAGGUGUAGGUAGCCUGGUAAGUAGCCUGGUAAGUAGCCUGGUAAGUAGCCUGAGUAAGGAAGUGGUGUCUGCUCGAAUACCACCGCAUGUGAUAGAUCUUGCCGUAUGCUGUAUCAACCAACGCUGCUAUCUUACUGAACGA